AUUUAGGUGGAUUUGCGCAUGCGCCGUUUUUCCAGGAAGCGUGUUUCGUUUUUGUAACCGAGCAGCCUUACAUAUGUACACGAGCUGAAGGUCUCAAACUUCUGUUUUGAGGUAUCAACAUACCGUUUGAAAAUGUCCGUCGGGACCCAAUUGGAAAACGCCAACCCGGUUAUAUUCCAGCGGUCCGGCGAAAGGCUGCAGACGGCAUCCGACGAGGACGAAGACGUGCACGACCCUAUCGAUGACAGGGAAAUCUUUGAUCUUAUUCGAUCCAUUAAUGAUCCCGAACACCCACUUUCUCUGGAGGAACUUAACGUUGUGGAGCAAGUCCGAGUCAAAGUGAACGAUGCAGACAGUAACGUGAAUGUGGAGUUCACGCCCACCAUUCCACACUGCAGCAUGGCUACACUUAUCGGCUUGUCGAUAAAAGUCAAGCUGCUUCGCUCGCUGCCCAACCGAUUCAAGAUUGAUGUGCACAUCACGCCUGGGACACAUGCCUCCGAGGAUGCAGUGAACAAGCAGCUAGCCGACAAAGAGCGAGUGGCGGCUGCGUUGGAGAACUCGUCGCUGCUGGAGGUGGUCAACCAGUGUUUGUCCACAAGGAGUGUCUGAUGAACGGGAAGUGUUCCCUACUUGAGGUUGUUGAAUACGCCACAGAAGUGUGAAUCCGUGUUUUAAGUGCGUGAAGCACACGCUCACCAGCACGUCAUUUGCUACUCUUGCACAAUCAAAUGAUGCCUAAAGCAAAAGAAGACAUUUCUUUGUCACAUUAUAGAAAGUUGUGGUUGUAUCUCUGUUCAAAGCAAAUUAAAGUGUUGUUUUCUGACAUCCACCUUCAGAAAUGAUUGGGAGCACUGGAACUGGAGCUGCAAAUGUGCCUGUUAUUGUGCAUCCAAGUGGUAGUGUGUUCCAUAAAGGCCGCAGACAUUAAUUCUGUUAAGGGUUUUUAACAUUUGCUUGAAAAUGGAGUAUUAAAAUGUUCACAUUUGUAUC